UAAAUAAAAGUGCACUUCAUCAGCUGCUGCAGUUCGAAUCAAAAGUUUGUUGUGAAUUUCUCUUUAGCCUACAUUGUUUUUCAGUUUUUGAUAAGUUUUCUUAUGUUAUUUUAAAAUUUAAGUUGCUCAACUGGCACUUAAAGUUGUGAUAAACAUCAGUAUCAUUGGUAUUCUGCAGAGGGAAAGAAUCAAAUUGAUAACACAGCAGAAUCGACCUUGUCCAACUCGACAGUUGUCAACGAGAAGCAGCUGAAGGAGGCGCAGCAGGAUUUCCGCGACGAAUAAUCGAAAUAUUAGUUGAAUGUUAAGUUAACGCUAGAUCUAUUAUAUAAUCAGUUCUAGUGAUAAGAACAUCCGACGAUCAUGGCGCGGAAUAUUUUGCAGCUUUCCAAGUAUUCCCGAGCUUUGCUGAACGCGCAACGGUUUUACUCGGCCGAGACGGCAUCGGCCCAGUUCCCAAGCAUCACCACCCACUACACGGUCAAACCGCGCGAAAAGGACCCCCGAUGGGCCGAGGUGGACAUGGAGCGAUUUGCGGACGAGGCCGAUCUGCUGAUUGUGGGUGGCGGUCCGGCCGGAUUUUCCGCGGCCAUCCGAGCGAAGCAGAUUGCGGCGGAGAAGGGCCAAGAGCUGCGCGUUUGUUUGGUUGAAAAGGCGUCGGAGAUUGGUGGGCACAUUUUGUCCGGGGCGUGCCUGGAUCCGGUGGCACUGAACGAGCUGAUUCCCGACUGGAAGGAGCAGGAGGCUCCGCUUAAUACGCCCGUGACGCAUGACAAGUUUUCAUACCUGACCGAGGGUUCGCGACUGCCGAUUCCGAUCUUCCCCGGGUGGCCUAUGGACAACAAGGGAAAUUAUGUGGUUCGGCUGGGGCACGUUGUGGCUUGGCUUGGCCAACAGGCGGAAGCGCUGGGAGUGGAGAUUUAUCCGGGAACUGCCGCAGCGGAAGUUUUGUUCCACGAGGACGGAUCGGUGAAAGGUAUUGCCACCGGAGACGUUGGUAUUGCGAAGAACGGAGCGCCAAAGGACACGUUUGCGAGGGGCAUGGAAUUGCACGCCAAGACGACGAUCUUUGCCGAGGGUUGCCGCGGUCACCUGUCGAAGCAGCUGAUGGCCAAGUUUGGACUGAACGCCGAGAACGAACCGCAAACGUACGGGAUUGGGUUGAAGGAGGUUUGGGAGAUAAAGCCCGAGAACCAUCAGCCCGGUCUGGUUGAGCACACGAUCGGCUGGCCGUUGGACAAAAACACAUACGGAGGAUCUUUUCUGUACCACUUGAACGAACCAACGCCUCUGGUCGCGGUCGGAUUUGUCGUCGGGUUGGACUACGUAAAUCCUUACAUCAGUCCGUUCCAGGAGUUUCAGCGGUUCAAAACUCACCCGACCGUCCGGGGAGUGUUUGAAGGUGGCAAUCGUAUUGCGUACGGAGCACGUGCCUUGAACGAGGGUGGCUACCAGAGCAUUCCCAAGCUGACGUUCCCCGGCGGAUGUUUGGUUGGGUGUGGCGCCGGCUUCAUGAACGUUCCCCGUGUCAAGGGAAGUCACUACGCCAUGAAGAGUGGCAUGUUGGCGGCAGAAAGCGCCUGUGAAGCUAUUCUGUCCGGCGCGAUUCAGAACACGGCUGGCCUGGAACCGAAAGAUUACACCGACCGCAUCAAGGAAUCGUACUGUUGGAAGGAUUUGUACAAGGUUCGCAACGCACGACCCAGCUUCCACAACCCGCUCGGACUGCUCGGCGGUGUUGCCUACAGCGGCUUCACGCUUCUGCUCGGAGGUCGUGAACCGUGGACCCUUAACCACGGUGCCCCCGACCAUACCCGCCUCAAGCCGGCCAAAGAAUUCAAACCCAUCGAAUAUCCCAAACCGGACGGUAAAAUCAGCUUCGACCUGCUCUCGUCGGUCGCGCUGACCGGAACCAACCAUGAGGGUGACCAACCGGCCCAUCUGACGCUCAAGGACGACACCGUUCCGGUCAAGAACAACCUCACGAUCUACGACGGGCCGGAGGCGCGCUUCUGCCCGGCCGGCGUGUACGAGUACGUGCUCAACGAGGAGGGCGGCAACAUGAAGCUUCAGAUCAACGCCCAAAACUGCAUCCACUGCAAGACGUGCGACAUCAAGGACGUCACGCAGAACAUCAACUGGGUGGUGCCCGAGGGUGGCGGCGGUCCGGCCUACAACGGCAUGUGAGGGGAGGCAUUUACCAUCGCGGGUUUGUUUUGUGUAAUUUUCAUUUCUAGGUAGAAUAACUGCAAAUGUUAACAGGUGCAAAUACUGUAAAAUUUAUUUACGCUCUUUUUUUCUUUUCAUUAAAACAAAAAAACAAUGCAUGCUAAUAAAAACAUAGUUUGUCGGUA